AUGACUAAAGAAGAUAUUCAGGGGGCGGCGGUGGCAGAGGAGGACCAGCAGGGCCCGUCAAAGAAAGCCCAGAAAAAACUUCAGAAGGAAGCAGAGAAAGCUGCAAAGAAGGCUGAGAAACAGGCUAAGUUGGCUGGUGAUCAGAAAAGUGAAGAGGAAGAUGAUUUCGCCAAGGACCGUUAUGGUGUGACUGCAAUGGUCCAGUCCCAACAAAAACUGGACAGAGCUUUGGUUUUGGUCAAAGACCUGACUCCUGAGAGGGCAGAUGAGUUGAUCUGGUUGCGUGCCCGAGUUCACACCAGCAGGGCCAAAGGGAAGCAGUGUUUCUUGGUGCUACGGCAACAACAGUUCAACGUGCAGGCGUUGGUCGCAGUAGGGGAUCGUGCCAGCAAGCAGAUGGUCAAGUUUGCUGCAAACAUCACCAAGGAAAGUAUUGUGGAUGUGGAGGCAUCAGUGAGGAAAGUGGACCAGAAGAUCGAGAGCUGUUCUCAGCAGGAUGUGGAGCUUCAUAUUGAGAGGAUUUUUGUCAUCAGCCAGGCAGAGGCCCGUCUCCCCUUACAGUUGGACGAUGCUGUUAGGCCUGAAGGAGAAGGUGACGAGGAGGGCAGAGCGACUGUCAACCAAGACACCAAACUGGACAACCGAGUGAUUGAUCUCAGGACAACCACCAGCCAGGCCAUCUUUCGCCUGCAGUCAGGAGUGUGCCAACUUUUCAGAGACACCCUCACUAAAAAGGGCUUUGUGGAGAUUCAGACACCUAAAAUCAUAUCAGCUGCCAGUGAAGGUGGAGCCAAUGUCUUCACUGUGUCGUACUUUAAAACCAGCGCCUACCUGGCACAGUCUCCUCAGCUGUACAAACAGAUGUGCAUCUGUGCUGACUUUGACAAGGUCUUCUGUGUGGGUCCAGUUUUCAGAGCUGAGGACUCCAACACUCAUCGUCAUCUCACUGAGUUCGUGGGCCUGGAUAUUGAAAUGGCUUUCAAUUACCAUUACCAUGAGGUCAUUGACUCAAUCACUGACACGAUGGUCCAGAUCUUUAAAGGACUGAGGGACAACUUCCAAACUGAGAUCCAGACUGUAAACAAGCAGUUCCCCAGCGAGCCUUUCAAGUUUUUGGAGCCUACUCUGAGACUGGAGUACAAAGAGGCUUUGGCCAUGCUGCGUGAGGCUGGUGUGGAGAUGGGUGAUGAGGAAGAUCUGAGCACGCCAAAUGAAAAGCUGCUUGGCCGCCUUGUCAAACAAAAGUAUGAUACCGAUUUCUAUGUUCUGGACAAGUAUCCACUGGCUGUGAGACCUUUCUACACCAUGCCUGAUCCCAACAACCCAAAAAAUUCCAACUCCUAUGACAUGUUCAUGCGUGGAGAGGAAAUUUUAUCGGGAGCUCAGAGAAUCCACGAUCCUCAGCUGCUGACUGAACGGGCCAUGCAUCACCAGAUUGAUCUGGAGAAGAUCAAGGCUUACAUAGACUCCUUCCGUUAUGGUGCUCCCCCACAUGGCGGUGGAGGCAUUGGCCUGGAGAGAGUCUGCAUGUUGUACCUGGGGCUCCACAACGUACGCCAGACCUCCAUGUUCCCCCGCGACCCCAAACGCCUGACACCUUGA